AUGUUUGGUAUUGGUCAAAGAAGUAUAGUGAGAUCAUUCUCAACUAGUUCUAAAAUACUGAAUUCUCAAAAACCUUUAUAUAAAACACCAUCAAAAUGGUUAGAUUUAAAUGCUGAACAAGUUUUCGAUUUACAUUUAAAAAGAAAAUAUGAAUUAUCAUUAAAUUAUAGAAAAUCUGAAAUUGAAUUACAAGCUUUGAAAAAACAUGCAAAAGAAUAUGGUUAUACUCCACAACAAUUGGAACAAAUUUAUUGGGAUGGUGAUUUAGCUCAUGCAGAAAUUGAUGGAUUACCAUUAAAUUCAACAAAAAUUUUUGAUCAACCUUUAACUUUAGAUGAAUAUCCAGAACCUGCACAAGUUAAAAUUAAAAAUCAUAGAGAAAGAAGAAAAUAUAAUAGAAUUGCUGCAUAUGAAAUGCCUCAUUUAGCUAAAUAUCGUCAAGAAUAUCAACCACCAAAAAAUAAACCAAUUAAUUUAAAAUAUACUUCAAUUUUAGGUGAAGAAGAUUUACCAAUUAAUAAAAAAGUUGUUUUAACUUUAAAAACUGAAGAAUUAGGUUUAAAUAAUGAAGAAUUACAUAAAUUCAGAUUAAUUUCAGGUACAAGAUAUGAUUAUAGAAAUGAUGAAUUUAAAAUGUCAAGUGAAAAAUUUCCAGAAACUUUACAAAAUACAAGAUAUUUAUUAGAUACUUUAAAAACAUUAAUUUCAGAAUCAAAAGAUCCAAAUGCUGAUAAAUUUCUUGAUAUUCCAUUAGAUAAACGUCAUAUUUUUGCAAAAGAAAGAAAACGUAAAAAUAGAAUUAAAGAAAUUAGAAAAGUACAAUUCCCAGAAGAAUGGAAAAGACCAGAAGAUGCACCAAAAGUUGAAAAAACUGUAUUAGAUUAUUUAUAUGAAAAAAGAGAAGCUGAAAGAUUAGCAUCUUAUGAAAAAUGA